GAUUUGGUACAACGCCGACUCCACAGUGGCACCUCAUGGCCCAACUCCGCUUCUCCACAGUGGUUCAAACGCGGCGACGGCACGGCACGGUUCCAGUUCCACAGUGCCAAAGUCGGAGACGCGUUUCACGCUUCGAGGAUGAUUGACUACAAUGAAGAUUGGCUGUUCUCCACGAUCUUUCGUCUGGACGGCUCUGUGGCGCUUCGCUCCACCCUCUUUGCCUUUCCAGCGGCCAUGUUUUCUUUGUUGCUGAUGUACCUGGACGACUUUGUGGAAGAUUUUAGAGAAAACCUCGGCAUAGCAAUGUUGGCAAGUAGCCAGAUCUGGAACGCCUCCACCGUGGUCUUAGUCUUCCUCUUAGGCUUCCGAGCGAGACAGGGCCUUGCGCGGUUUUGGGAGGGUACUGGUCUGCUGCACCAAAUGCGGGGGGAAUGGUUCGAUACAGUUAGCAAUUGUGUCACCUUCUCCAUCAGUGCUCGACCCAGCAAGCCGGAUGAAGUCAUGCGUUUCCGGCACACGCUGGUGAGGUUGAUGAGCCUUUGCCACGGCAGUGCCCUUGAGGAGAUUUCAGGGGAUGUUGCAGAGCUAAGAGUCAUAGAUGUGAUGGGAUUAGAUGCCCCCACCUUGCACCAUCUCUGGGAGUGCAGCGAGGUGCACCAGUUCAACCGGGUGGAGGUGUGUUUGCACUUGCUUCAAACCCUGAUUACCAAGGCAUUGGAUGAUGGAGUGCUGAAGAUUCCUCCGCCCAUCCUUUCGCGCGUUUAUCAGACGAUCUCUCGAGGCUUCGUGAAUCUCUUGAACACGAAGAAGAUUACUGAUACCAAGUUUCCUUAUCCCUUUGCUCAGAUCAUUGCCCUCUUCCUCCUGUUGCAUUUGAUCAUGUCCCCCGCGUUGAUCACGGCUUCAGUGCCCCAUAAGGUCUUUGCUCCAAUUCUCACGUUCCUUGCGGUGUUCAGUAUGUUUGCUCUGAACUUCAUCAGCAUCGAACUUGAGAAUCCCUUUGGCUUAGACGCCAACGACCUACCUCUGACGCACUUCCACUCGGAGAGUCCAGAAGACACCGUUGCUGUCUGUGCCUUUCAAGGCGCGGUGCGGCCGUUUGGACCGGGAACACCGGAGGUCGCAGGUCUGACAAACCCCAAAUUGCAUCUGACGUGCGAAGUGGAGGAGGGCCCAACCCAUCAAAUUGCCUAG